AUGGAGGACGUUCUGUUCGAUCUGGACCAAGAUGGCUCGACGGAUUUCGCUUUCUGGGGUCAGAUGGAGCAAAACCUCCAGUUUCAAACGCAGCUUGACUCUUUCCUGCUGGAGUGCAGCAGCUCCACGGCAGCAGCGAGCGGUCAAUUGUCGCCGUGGUCCUCACUGGGCUGUCAGUCGGUCUUUCCGGAGGCCCAGCUCACCUUCCCCGAUUUAGACUCGCAGUCCCCCGGGGACGAGGAGACGGACGGCUGCCCCGUGGAAGAGACCGCGGCCGAGCGACGGCGCGCUCGCCGGCUGCAGGUGUCCCAUCAGCCGUACAAGGUGCAGAGGCACGCCGCCAACAUCCGCGAAAGGAAGCGGAUGUUGAGCAUCAACUCGGCCUUCGAAGAACUGCGCUGUCACGUGCCCACCUUUCCCUACGAGAAGCGGCUGUCCAAGAUUGACACGCUGCGGCUGGCCAUCGCCUACAUCGCCCUCCUCAGGGAGAUCCUCGUGUCGGGUUGCGAUCCCAAGUCCUACGUGGACGAGUGCAUGAAGAACGGAUACAAGAAUCAGACCAACGCCAUUUGGAACACGAGUGAUCUGACAGCUCGUCUCUCGUGGAUAAAGUGGGAUUAG